AUGAUUCCUAAUGCGUUCCUCGUUGCGUUGACGCUUCGGUCGCUAGGUCUACUGCUCCCUCACACUUUCUUCCAGCCCGACGAGUUCUAUCAGGCGUUCGAGCCAGCCUACUCUGCAGUCUUCGGCCAUGGGUUCUUGACAUGGGAAUGGCGCGACCUCCCCUACACGGCAACCCAGGGUGGCAGUCCCGUUGACCUGCUGAAGCGAGCGGUCUGCGGCGGAAGGCUGCGAAGCUGGGUCUGGCCCGGUGUCUUCAUGGCCGUGUACAAGUCACUUGACAUGCUCGGUUUGCAAGAUACCGAGUGGGCUCUGUUCCUGUCUCUGACGUCGCUCUUCAACGCUCAUCUCUUACCCCGAGCGCUGUCCACAUCCCCAGAGACGCUCCUCACGACUGCAGCCCUAGUGUAUUAUCCGGACACAUGUUCUUCCGAGCUAAAGGCGCCGGGGCCUGAGAAUCUCGACCCGGUUGCCAUGGACCGAGCCGAAGGAAAGGCAUCGCUCCUUGUGCUACUGUCGGCUACCGUUGUCGACUAUCUCAUGGUCGGCCGCCUCGUCUUGCCUGUGUUCACAUUCUUCCACCAAAACGUGCUCCGCAAUGUUGCGGCGUUUUACGGAGGAACCGGGUUAGCCUACCAUCUUGUCCAGUCACUCCCGCUGCUGCUGUUUCCUCUUUGGUACUGGUGGGCAAAGGGGUUCCUGGCAGCAGUGCUGCCCCGGAGCGUGACGCCAGUGUCGCUUGCGCGCCUCGACGUGACUCGGCCUAUGCGCAGACUGGGGCACGCCGUCUGUUUCACCAUUGCCGUGUUCUCAUUGUCGCCUCAUUCCGAGUGGCGAUUCCUGCAUCCGCUCCUGCCUCAACUCUUCAUGUUUGCCCUUCCCGCGCUCCAGGCCGACUACUGGGCAUCCAUGGUCGGAUGCUUCCAAAAGCCAGGCAUGACGUUUAGACAGUGGGUCCGGAUACCAAAGCGCGCCUUCUACCUCAUCCUCCUGGCCCCGGUCCUGCCAUUCCUCUACCUCAACGUCUUCCACGGAGGCGCACAGGUCGAGGUCAUGAACAAGCUCCGGCGUGGAGAGUACGGAACCGUGUCCAAAGUCGCGGUGCUGAUGCCCUGCCACUCGACACCGUGGUCAAGCCACCUCGGCCGCAACAUCACCGGCUGGUUCCUCACCUGCGACCCGCCACUCCAGAGCGCAGCUCAUCACUGGACGCAGCAGGACAUGUUUUACGACCAACCCGUGUCGUACGUCCAGGAAGUCUUCCCCUACCCACCGAUGCCACUGGGAGCAGUCGGACACCAAGACUCCACGCCCGAGAUGCCCUCGCACGUUCUGUUGUUCGGGGAGGCUCUGCAGAGAAGCCAAGGAAACACAACCGUCCGAGAGGCACUCGGCAUCCGCGGCUACCACGAAGUGGACAAUCUCUGGAAUGGGUUCGACGUGGCUCAAGACGAGGACAAGCGGAGAGGCGGUGUUCGAGUUUGGGCUCGUCAGUAG